GUUGGUUGGAGUUGGCAGGCUCCCUGGCUCCCUGUCUCUUCAGGCAAUUUCUGCCUUUGCCUCACAUUUUUGUUGGGCCAGGUAGGCUUGCUGCAGGGGCACCCCCAGUGCCUGGAUUAUGGGCCUCCCUUCCAGCCCCCCAUGCACCUUGAGUUUUGCUCUGACUAUGAGGCCUUUGGGUGCUGUGACCAAAGCAAGGACCACCGCAUCGCUGCCCGGUACUGGGACAUCAUGGACUACUUUGACCUGAAGGGCCACGAGCUGUGUGGAGGUUACAUUAAAGACAUCCUUUGUCAGGAGUGCUCACCAUAUGCCGCUCACCUCUACGAUGCUGAGAACCCACAGACACCCCUCCGGAACCUUCCUGGCCUCUGCUCCGACUACUGCUCUGCCUUCCAUUCUAACUGCCACUCUGCCAUUUCCCUGCUGACCAAUGACCGUCGCCUUCAGGGGUCCCAUGGAAAGGAUACAACACGCUUCUGCCACCUUCUCAACCUUCCUGACAAGGACUACUGCUUCCCCAAUGUCCUGAGGAAUGCCCAUCUCAACCAAAACCUGGGUGCGGUGGCUGAAGACUACCAGGGCUGCUUGCAGCUCUGCCUGACUGAGGUGGCCAAUGGACUGAGGAACCCUGUCUCCAUGGUCCACGCCGGGGAUGGCACCCAUCGCUUCUUUGUUGCUGAGCAGGUGGGAGUUGUGUGGGUCUAUCUGCCUGAUGGGAGCCGCCUGGAACAACCCUUCUUGGACCUCAAGAGCAUUGUGUUGACCACUCCAUGGAUCGGAGAUGAGAGAGGCUUCUUGGGAUUGGCUUUUCAUCCUAAAUUCCGCCGCAACCGCAAGUUCUAUAUUUAUUAUUCAUGUCUGGGCAAGAAGAAGGUAGAAAAGAUCCGGAUUAGUGAGAUGAAGGUUUCUCGGGCUGAUCCCAACAAAGCAGACCCAAAAUCAGAGAGAGUCAUUUUGGAGAUAGACGAACCUGCCUCAAAUCAUAAUGGUGGACAGCUCCUUUUUGGCCUGGAUGGCUAUAUGUACAUAUUCACUGGGGAUGGAGGACAGGCUGGGGAUCCCUUUGGCAAGUUUGGAAAUGCUCAGAACAAAAGUUCUCUGCUGGGCAAAGUGUUAAGAAUAGAUGUGAAUGGAGCAGGUGCAGGUGGCAAGCGGUACCGAGUCCCCCUGGAUAAUCCGUUCCUUUCUGAGCCAGGAGCGCACCCCACCAUCUAUGCCUAUGGGGUCAGAAACAUGUGGCGCUGUGCCGUGGACCGGGGGGACCCCAUCACCCGCCAGGGCCGAGGCCGGAUAUUCUGUGGGGAUGUGGGCCAGAACAGGUUUGAAGAAGUCGAUCUCAUUGUCAAAGGCGGGAACUAUGGCUGGAGAGCAAAAGAAGGGUUUGAAUGUUAUGACAAAAAACUUUGUCACAAUGCCUCUUUGGAUGACAUUCUGCCAAUCUAUGCUUAUGGCCAUGCAGUGGGGAAGUCAGUCACUGGAGGUUAUGUCUACCGUGGGUGCAAAUCCCCAAAUCUCAAUGGCCUCUACAUCUUUGGGGACUUCAUGAGUGGUCAACUUAUGGCUCUACAGGAAGAUAGAAAAACCAAGAAAUGGAAUAAACAGGACAUUUGCCUAGGCAACACCAAGGCCUGUGCCUUCCCAGGGCUGAUCAGCAUCCAUAGCAAGUUCAUCAUCUCUUUUGCUGAAGAUGAAGCAGGGGAGCUGUAUUUUCUGGCCACCUCUUACCCCAGUGCUUAUGCACCACGUGGAUCUAUUUACAAAUUUGUCGACCCCUCAAGGCGAGCACCCCCCGGCAAGUGCCAGUACAAGCCAUUGCCAGUGAAAACUAAGAGUAGGCGGAUCCAGUUCAGGCCACUCGCCAUCUUGGACUUGCUAAAGGAGCAAUCAGAGAAAGCUGCUAGAAAAUUACCCAGCCCAGCCCAACCCUCCUCUGAGAAAGGCUCCUCCAAGAAGCCAGCCUCUCCCAUAAGCAGCAAGAAAACAUUGCGAGGGCCUGGUACAAAGAAGAAAGCCAGAGGGAAGAGCCUGAAAAACCCCAGUAGCAGGGUGACAGCGCCAGCCCAGCGGAAACGGGCUGGCAGAAGUCUCCCUCAGCCUCUUCUAUCAAGGUGGCCGACCAGGGGGCCUGAAGGAAGAGAACCCCCUCACCAUGCAGAAGCUGAUGUUGAACGUGGGCCUUAGAAGUACAGGAAGAAGGGGCUGCAGGCAGAGAGAACUCCACACUGGCCUGCAUGGUUUUCCUUUCCACAGGAAGCUCACUGUCUAUGGGAAUGAAUGAAUGUUCUGUGUCCAAAUGGAGCACUUCGGCAGGAAGACCAAAUCCCAUGUUGCCAGCGCUGGUGGGUAAUCUGGCAGGAUAAUCUUUUAAUGUGCUAGAAUCCAACUCGCUAUCUCUAUUUUGUCUUGUAAUGUAAUAAAUCUAAUGUAAUAA